GCGGCGGGGGAGACGGUAAAGGUUGCGGUCGGCCCCUUCGGGCUCUAGCCGCCGACUCCUAGUCCCCCAGCGGCAGGCACAUGGCCUGGUGGAAGCCCGGACCAUGGACCUCCACACUGCUGUGUACAACGCCGCCCGCGACGGCAAGCUGCAGCUUCUUCAGAAGCUCCUGAACGGCCGGAGCCGGGAGGAGCUGGAAGAGCUGACGGGCGAGGUGGCCGAUGGGGGAACGCCGCUGCUCAUCGCCGCCCGCUACGGCCACCUAGACGUGGUGGAGUACCUGGUGGACCGGUGCGGCGCGAGCGUGGAAGCUGGCGGCUCGGUGGACUUCGAUGGCGAGACUAUCGAGGGCGCCCCGCCGCUGUGGGCUGCCUCAGCCGCCGGCCACCUCGACGUGGUGCGUAGCCUACUGCGCCGCGGGGCCUCGGUGAACCGCACCACGCGCACCAACUCAACGCCCCUGCGCGCCGCUUGCUUCGACGGGCACCUCGAGGUGGUGCGUUACUUGGUAGGCGAGCACCAGGCCGACCUGGAGGUAGCCAACCGGCAUGGCCACACGUGCCUCAUGAUCUCCUGCUACAAGGGCCACCGGGAGAUCGCCCGCUACCUGCUGGAGCAGGGCGCCCAGGUGAACCGGCGCAGUGCCAAGGGCAACACAGCGCUCCACGACUGUGCCGAGUCUGGCAGCCUGGAGAUCCUGCAGCUGCUGCUGGGCUGCAACGCCCGCAUGGAGCGUGAUGGUUAUGGCAUGACCCCGCUGCUGGCGGCCAGCGUGACGGGCCACACUAACAUUGUGGAGUACCUCAUCCGGGAGCAGCCUGGCCAACAACAGGCUUCUGGGGCUGGAGAUGAAGCCCAGCUGGGCCUGCCCCAGAAAGGCCCCUCCUCCACCAGCCGUGGGUGCCUUCAGCCCCAGGGCGCCCAUUGCUCCAACGGCUCCCGAGAGGAACCAGUUAACGGUGAAUCCUAUGAAAGCUGUUGCCCAACGAGCCGGGAAGCUGCAGUGGAAGCUUUGGAAUUGCUGGGAGCCACCUAUGUGGAUAAGAAACGGGAUCUGUUGGGCGCCCUCAAACACUGGAGACGCGCGAUGGAGCUGCGUCACCAAGGAGGCGAGUAUCUGCCGAAGCCACAGCCCCAGCAGCUGGUCCUGGCCUAUGACUAUUCCAAGGAGGUGAACACUACUGAGGAGCUGGAGGCACUCAUCACUGACCCAGAUGAGAUGCGCAUGCAGGCGCUGUUGAUCCGUGAGCGCAUCCUGGGUCCCUCUCAUCCAGACACUUCCUAUUACAUCCGCUACCGGGGUGCUGUGUACGCGGACUCUGGCAACUUUGAGCGCUGCAUCCGCUUGUGGAAGUACGCCCUGGACAUGCAACAGAACAACCUAGAGCCCCUGAGUCCUAUGACCGCUAGCAGCUUCCUUUCCUUUGCAGAGCUCUUCUCCUACGUGUUGCAAGACCGAGCUGCCAAGGGGAGCCUUGGCACCCAGAUUGGCUUUGCAGACCUCAUGGGUGUGCUCAGCAAAGGGGUCCGGGAGGUGGAACGGGCCCUGCAGCUGCUCAAGGAGCCAGGAGACUCAGCACAAUUCACGAAGGCCCUGGCCAUCAUCCUCCACCUGCUCUACCUGCUGGAGAAAGUGGAAUGCACUCCUGACCAGGAGCACCUGAAGCACCAGACCGUGUACCGGCUGCUCAAGUGUGCCCCCCGUGGCAAGAAUGGCUUCACCCCUCUGCACAUGGCUGUGGACAAGGACACCACAAAUGUGGGCCGCUACCCGGUAGGCCGAUUCCCCUCCCUCCAAGUGGUCAAAGUGCUCUUGGACUGUGGGGCUGACCCUGACAGCAGGGACUUUGACAACAACACACCACUGCACAUUGCUGCUCAGAACAACUGCCCAGCCAUCAUGAAUGCCCUCAUAGAUGCAGGGGCCCACAUGGAUGCCACCAAUGCCUUCAAGAAGACUGCCUAUGAGCUGCUGGACGAGAAGCUCCUGUCGAAGAGCACUGUGCAGCCGUUCAAUCAUGUGACCCUCCAGUGUCUGGCUGCCCGGGCCCUGGACAGAAACAAGAUCCCCUAUAAGGGCUUCAUCCCUGAAGAGCUAGAGGCCUUCAUCGAGCUUCACUGA